UCUGCCGUGUGGUUAAGCUGCCCGCCGAGGCACCGGCCCCUCCGGUAAUCGAGCGCUGCCGCCGCCGUCCUCUACCGUUAUGUAUUUUUUAACCGGUUGGCCCCGAAAGUUACUUUGCCCUCUUAGAAGAGAGGAAGAAUCGUUUCGCAUCCAGCCGAGUUUCCAGAGGUUUUACUUUGCCGUGCUGUCAGAAACUCAUCUCGACAUCUGGUUUAGUUGGCCCAGUGCCCUAAUCGUGAGCUACAGCGAAUCUGCAGAGUCAGCAGCCCGGUUUGGACCAUAUCAGCAGGCAGAAUGGAAGACGGAUGAUACCAUGAUUGCUUUAGGGACUGCCAAUGGAUACCUACUCAUGUUUGAUGUAGUGAAUGACAAGGAGGACAAAUUCCCGUAUGGGCCUCAGCAUCCUAAGUGGCGUCUUCACAUGCUCACUGCUGGGCAGAAGGAAAAGCAGAGUGUCCCCACCCUUAGCCUGGAGAUGAAGAAGCCAUUGAAUCUGGAGGCCCCCAUUAAUAGCCUACAGUGUGUCCAUGAGGAGCUGGUGGCGUGCACGGCAGACGGGUACCUGCAUGUCCUGCGAUGGCACGGGGCAUCCAGCACCCGCAGGGCUAUCAGUGUCUGCAGCGUGCCCUUCGCCUUGGAACUGCACCCCGAUCAGGGUGCACACGGCCCCUUGCCGGGCCUGGACGGUGUGCACAUUCGGGACAUGGAGCACUGCUUAACACUGGAUGGCGUUGCCGUGGUGCUGGGCGACGGUCGGCUAGGCUUUAUCAGCCCCACCUCUGGGGGGUUUGCGGCAAAUCAGCUGCAGGGCGUCUGGGCUGCCGACAUCAAGGAUGGGCUGUGCGUGGCCGUCAAUGACAAAUACCGGCUGAUGGCGUUUGGCUGUGCCAGUGGUUCUGUCUUGGUGUAUACCUUAGAUGGUGCCACAGGCUCGAUGCAGCUGUCUCACAAACUGGAACUGACACCAAAACGCUACCCAGAUGUUUGGAAUAAAACUGGACGGGUGAAGCUGAUACGGUGGUCACCUGACUGCAGCGUCGUCAUGGUGACUUGGGAGCGCGGCGGCCUGUCUCUGUGGAGUGUGUUCGGGGCCCAGCUUGUCUGCACACUGAGCGAGGACUUUGCGUACCGGUUAGAUGGCACCAAGAAAGAGCCCUUGAAGAUCAACUCCAUGGCAUGGGGGCCAGAGGGGUACCAUCUGUGGGUGCUGGCCAGCAGUGGUGGUGAAGGGGCAUGUGACAGACCUCGACAGUCGGAGAUACUGCAGUUCCAAUUCCUCAGGAGUGCCUCAGCAGCCAAUGGGUGCACGAACGACCUGGGGCAGGUGGUCCUGCUGGGGCAGGACAGGCUGUACCUGAUGCCCGGAGACGCGGCCCAGCCUCACCCAUACUCGGGGCCCCAGAGACAGGGCAGCAGUAGCUUCUGUGCUGAAGGCCUGUCCUCCACUUCAACCUCUCAGGGAUCAGGCACUGUGCUGGGCUACAGACACUGGCAUGUCGUGCAGAUUCACAGCACAUACAUAGAGGCCAACUGGCCAAUAAGAUUUACAGCCAUAGAUCCAAGUGGCCAGCAGGUGGCUAUAGCAGGGAGACAUGGUCUUGCACACUACUCUUUGGUCACUAGGAAGUGGAAGCUGUUUGGGAACGUAGCCCAGGAACUAGCCAUGGUGGUCACUGCAGGACUUGCAUGGUGGAACAACCACAUUGUGGUUACCUGCUUCAAUUUAGCUGAGCAACGAGAAGAGCUCAGGUUCUACCCUCAGACGUGUAACCUGGACAACGCUCACGCCAGCGCAACCAAGCUGCACUCGGAGACGCUGCUGUUGCACGUGUCCCGCAGCACGGCCCUGCGCUUCCGGGCAGACUGCUUCAUCGAUCUCUACAGCGUCAGCCUUAGGCUGGAUAGGGUCAGACCCUCAGUCAGUGUGGAGCUGCUACAGGUGGUGUCUUUAUCCCGCUACAUCCCUCAGCCAGCCAUAGUGGUGUCUAUCAUGCUCACUUCAAUUUGCACUCCGACAGGAAGCGCCGUGAAACCCCACCAGGUCUGCCUCACAGAGAGUAUCCUUCUCAACAUGGCAGGACAGCUUAUCAUGCUGCAAAGGGACGACUCCAAAUUUCAGGUGCAAGAAAAGGAAACCAUGCCUGAUCAGAAGAAGCUGUUCCCAUUUUGCCCCCCCGUGGUGCUGGCACAGUGCGUGGAGAAUGUGUGGACGGCCGGUCGCAGCAACAAGCAGAAGCGCUACCUCCUGGAAGCUCUUUGGAUCUCCUGUGGCGCGGCGGGCAUGAAGGUCUGGCUUCCGCUCUUUCCGCGCGACUGUCGCAAGGCCCACUCCUUCCUGUCCCGGCGCAUCAUGCUGCCAUUCCACAUCAGCAUCUUCCCCCUGGCUGUGCUCUUUGAAGAUGCACUGGUCUUGGGGGCUACCAGUGAAGCGGUGCUGUAUGACGGCCAAGGGUUGCCCCCAGAUUCCUUGGAGGUCAUCUUUCCUUUCUGCACUGUGGAGCGCACGUCUCAGAUCUACCUCCACCACAUCCUACAGCAGCUGCUUGUGCGGAAUCUUGGAGAGCAGGCCGUGCUGCUGGCCCAGUCUUGUGCUGGGCUUCCAUACUUCUCCCACGUACUGGAGCUGAUGGUCCACGUGGUCCUGGAAGAGGAGGCCAGCUCCCGGGAGCCCAUCCCUGACCCGCUGCUGCCCACUGUGGCCAAGUUCAUUGCCGAGUUCCCCCUAUUCCUCCAGACCAUUGCGCACUGCGCACGCAAGACUGAGUAUGCCCUCUGGAACUACCUGUUUGCUGCCGUCGGCAACCCUAAGGACUUGUUUGAGGAGUGUCUGAUGGCCAAAGACCUGGACACAGCUGCCUCCUAUCUCGUCAUCCUUCAAAACAUGGAAGUGCCGGAAAUUAGCCGCAAGCACGCUACCCUGCUGUUCAGUACUGCUCUGGAGCAAGGCAAGUGGGACCUGUGCCGUCAGAUGAUUAGAUUCCUCAAAGCGAUUGGCUCUGGGGAGUUAGAGGCGCCGCCCCCCACACCAGCCACUCAGGAAGCCGGCCUGACGGGGGGCGUGGAGUUUUUCCGCCGGCGACACAGUAAUGUGUCUCAUUCGGCUGACAGUGUCCCCCCAGGAGCGAUCACUCCACAGAAAACUCCCAGAAUCCCUUGCGACAGACACAGCAAAGGCUGCGGGAGCACGGAGAGCGUGUACAUCACCCUGAUCCUGGAGCGGCAUGCACGGCGCCUCCUAGAGGAGGUGCGCUUGAAGGACCUGGGCUGUUUCUCCGCUCAUUUGGGCUUCGAGCUGAUUGGCUGGCUGUGCAGGGAGCGAAGUCGGGCGGCCCGCUUAGAUAACUUCGUAGAGGCCAUCAAGAGGCUGCACCAGGAUUUCCUCUGGCCGUUUCCCAUCAGCAUUGACUGCUCUGUCCAGGCCUCCCUCCUGAACGAUAGCUACUGCAUAGGGCAAAGCAGUCAGUUGCAGAAGUCUGAGUCAGAGAACAGUCUCCGGAAUAUCCAGGUGGACACAGUGCCCCCUGCUGUUGGCCAUAGCAAUUACAUCAGCCAGGACAUCCUUGGGGCAGAGCUGCAUCUCCAGGAUGCUUUCCUCUCUGCGUUUCCACACAAAAGGGAUGAGUCCAGCAUCGGCUCAGCCACGGACCUCACCGAGGUCAGCUCUGUGGCGGACGGGGACUGGGCCUCGGCCGAUGAGGAUUUUGCCUCCACCGCCAGCCUGACGCACGGGCAGCUGGAGCACAUCUCCAAAGACCUGGCCAGCAGGGGCCCACUCAGGUCUCAGCUGCAGCUCAGGUACCUGCUGCACAUUUUCAUGGAAGCCGGCUGCUUUGAAUGGUGUAUAGUCAUUGGGCUCGUCCUCCAGGAAGCAGCAGUCAUCAAGCAGGUGCUCGGCUUCCUGGACAGUGUCCCCGCUGAGAGAGUUCAGGGGAUCCGCAGUAGCCUGCUAGCGAUGAAUGCCUGGGCUUCAUCUGAUUGUCUUGGAUACAAGCCCCUCCUCAACCACAUCUGGGAUCAGCUACAAAAAGUGGAUGUGAUGGAGGAGCCGGACAGAGCAGAAGCUCCAGCGUCCUCCAGCCCCUCCAAUUCCAUGGAGCUGCCGGACUCCAGGACAGAAGACAGCCUCGGGCCAGAAGCUCUCCUGAGUACAGCCCCUGCAGUGCCCCCUGCAGCGCCCCCUGCAGCCAUGGAGGACCCUACUGAGCAGCAGCAGACAGUGCUGCCCCAGGAAGAGGAGGCAAAUACAUGUAGCCUUUCCUGACGCUUUUAUACCAGGCAGGUGAAGGACCAGGAGAGGUCUUAUAGGACCCUAGGCCUAUGUGACUUUAAUCCCUUCUUUCCUACGUCGUUUUAUUUUAUCGUGUUCAGGAUUUUUUUUCUGAGUGGUGUGAGAUUCUUGAUUAACAUUUUGACCCUCUCAUUCCUCUUCUGCUGCUGUAAAAACAUCCAUGGGUGCAAACUAAGACUGUUUCCCGAGGGCAUGAUAUACAGUAGUGAGGUGAAGGCCUCUGUGCCAGUGUUAAUGUUCAGUGUAAUUGAUUACAAAAUGGCCACCCCCAAAUCGAUUCUGCACACUUAGCUGGCUAUUAGCUCUUCACCCAGAGGGUGUGAUAUGCCUUCAUUCUGUCAUCUGACAUGCGCUAUGCUGGCUAAGUGCACCAAACAUUCAGAUGCUACAUGUUACAUAUAUAUUACCUCAAAAAGUGCCUUAAAGUUUUAAUAUUAAGAUGGGAUUUCUGAAAAAUGCUGUGUCCACAAAGUACGUCUGGGAAGUUUCCCUGCAACAUUACUUCUGUGCUGAACCGGAACAAAGCAGUUUUAUUUAUGUCCCUGUUUUAUAGGCACCAAUAAGAGGUCUUCCACAAGGCAUUACCCUACAUUAAACCUCAGGCGACAGGCAGCCGCGAAAGGCUUUCAAGCCUCCCUUGACAGUUUUUCACGUGUAAUUGAAGUAAAAUAGGAUCUACAUCUGUUAGGUAUGAUAUGAGAAGUGUGAUUCUGUUUGCUGCUGCUUUGCGGGGGAGUGUACCGAAUGGGGCUAUUGUGUUGCUUACAUAUAAAAAAUGUAAGCUGUGUUUUGGCCAGAAAGCGAAAGGUAAAACAGGGGACAAAAUCCAUCUUCCAUUUGUUUUCUUACUUUACACAAAAUCAUAUUUUUAUAACACCUUUUUUUGUUUCUGUUCGAUAGGUUUAUCAGCCUCAACAGGACCAAAAUGACCGUUGUUAAAUGUAUGGUCUUUCCAUAAUUUCUCAAAGAAUUUCCCCAUUGUGGGAUUAAUAAAGUCUAAUCUAAUCUAA